AUGAACUAUCUCAGCUUCGUCUUGGAACAGCCCAUUGUUCUAUCAGUGAUACUCGUUUUAUUCCUGUGUUCAUUAGGGAAGAAAACAACCAAGCCUACGUGCAAUGGCAAGCCUCUUAGAAAACCUCCAAACUCACUACCGCUGGUAGGGAAUGGUAUUAUCUUCCUCCAACCUCGCCAGCGUCUCUUCUCCUGGUUCCAUCAUUGCGAGCGUCUUUACGGCUAUGAAAGUCUCCACAUCACCGUUCCUACCCUCCCCCCAGGCGUCAUCAUCAACAAUCCCCAGAACUUAGAGUUCAUCUUUCGCCAUGAGGGGAUUUUUGAAAAGGGAGACUUCUUCAAACAGCGGUCUUGGGACUUAUUCGGUCAUGGUAUCAUCAACGUGGACGGCGAGUUCUGGCGUCUCCAGCGCAAGGCUGGUCUACGAUUUCUUUCCACAGCUGCUUUGAAGACUCUGACAAGCGUGCGAUUACCAGAGUACCUGGAAAAAGCUAUUGAAGCUCUCAAUGGCAAAGCAGGGGGAAGAAAUGCAGUGGAUCUGCAGGCUGUGAUCCAUGAGGUGACGACGCAGUUAAUGGGACGAAUGGCAUACAACAUGGAGAUGCACGCUGACGACGAUUUUACCGUUGCUUUUGAGCACGCUUCAGGAGCUACGGCUGAAAGGUUCCAGAACCCUCUAUGGUUUGUGACAGAAAUGUUCUUUGGAACUCGAAUGCGUCGUUCUAUCAGAACUGUCAAGGCAUAUGGGCAGCGCAUCGUAAAGAGCGCAGUAGCUGAUCGCGAGGAAACGAAGGGAAAGGCUCAAUCGGAUGCGCCAGGAAGUCUCAUUCAGUCUUUGUUGGAUUCAAUUGGUGAUGACGACCUUGUAGCAGAUGCCGCACUGAAUUAUCUCUCAGCAGGGAGAGAUACUGUCGCUCAGGCACUUACGUGGACGCUUUACCUUCUCAUGAAGCACCCAGAAGUAACGGCCAAGCUAUGCCAGUCGAUCCAAGACCUACAAGAUGAAGUCAGAAACCAAGAUCACUCCGAGAACGACCCUGAACUUCUCACCCCAGUACGACUCCCCUACGUCCUAGCAGUCUUCUACGAAACCCUCCGUCUUCGACCUCCCAUUCCCUUCGAAAUCAAACAAGCUCAACAAGAAACAAUCCUUCCUGAUGGAACAUUCCUCCCAAAAGGUGCUGUCGUGUUAUGGUGCGCUUGGGCAAUGGGUCGGUCUCACACAACUUGGGGUCCUGAUGCAGAUGAGUUUCGUCCAGAGCGAUGGCUAACUACGUCUCCAUCUGGUGACGUGAUAGUUAUGCAGCGUUCAGCAGCCGAGUUUCCUGUCUUCAACGGUGGACCUCGAGUAUGUCUAGGGAAGAAAAUGGCAGAGUUGGUUGCAGUGCAGACAUUGGCGAGGUUGGUACCUCUUUUUGACUUCAAACCUGCUUUUGAAGGAGAGAGAGUCAGUAAGAGUAGUUUGACCCUACCAAUGGAGGGAGGCUUGCCGGUCUACGUGCAUCAUAGAGAAUCCUCAGAGACAUCAUGA